AUGUUAACCAUGAGCGUGACACUUUCCCCACUGAGGUCACAGGACCUGGAUCCCAUGGCUACUGAUGCUUCACCCAUGGCCAUCAACUUGACGCCCACUGUGGAGGAGGGUGAGGGAGGAGAGGCAAUGAAGGACAUGGAUUCUGACCAGCAGUAUGAAAAGCCCCCUCCAUUGCAUACCGGGGCUGACUGGAAGAUUGUCCUCCACUUACCUGAAAUCGAGACCUGGCUCCGGAUGACCUCCGAGAGGGUCCGGGACCUAACCUAUUCAGUCCAGCAGGACUCAGACAGCAAGCAUGUGGAUGUGCAUCUAGUUCAGCUAAAGGACAUUUGUGAAGAUAUUUCGGAUCAUGUGGAGCAAAUCCAUGCGCUCCUCGAAACGGAGUUCUCCCUGAAGCUGCUGUCCUACUCCGUCAAUGUGAUUGUGGACAUCCAUGCCGUACAGCUCCUCUGGCACCAGCUCCGAGUCUCCGUGCUGGUUCUGCGGGAGCGGAUUCUGCAGGGUCUGCAGGACGCCAAUGGCAACUACACCAGGCAGACGGACAUUCUGCAAGCUUUCUCUGAAGAGACAAAGGAGGGCCGGCUUGAUUCUCUAACAGAAGUGGAUGACUCAGGACAGUUAACUAUCAAAUGCUCUCAAAAUUACUUGUCUCUGGAUUGUGGUAUUACUGCUUUCGAACUGUCUGACUACAGUCCAAGUGAGGAUUUGCUCGGUGGCCUAGGUGACAUGACCUCUAGCCAGGUCAAAACCAAACCCUUUGACUCUUGGAGCUACAGUGAGAUGGAAAAGGAGUUCCCCGAGCUCAUCCGAAGUGUUGGGUUACUCACGGUGGUGACCGACCCCAUCCCUUCCAACUGCAGCGAAGCAGUUAGUGAGGAGACAUCUGAAGUACCUCUUUCAGCAGAUGACAAAGGUGGAUGUGAGGAAGACAGUGCUUUGACAGUCGAGGAGCCACUGGGCUUAAUGCCCGGGACGUCAUCUUCAGGGGAAGCUCUGACAAAUGCCGAUCAACACCCUCCUGAGCCUGUGAAGCAAGAAUCCAGUUCCUCCUUCCAACUUGGGACAAAGAACCAACAGCCUCUGCCUUGUGAAAAUGCAACUCCUAAGCGAUCCAUCCGAGAUUGCUUUAAUUACAAUGAGGACUCCCCCACGCAGCCCACAUUGCCAAAAAGAGGGCUUUUCCUUAAAGAGGAAACUUUUAAGAAUAAUCUGAAAGGCACUGAUGGAAAGAAGCAGAUGGCUGAUCUCAAGCCUGAGAUGAGCAGAAGCACCCCCUCUCUGGUGGAUCCUCCCGACAGAUCCAAGCUUUGUCUGGUGUUACAGUCUUCCUAUCCCAACAGCCCUUCUGCUGCCAGCCAGUCGUAUGAGUGUUUGCACAAGGUGGGGGAGGGGAAUCUUGAAAACACCGUCAAAAGUCACGUGAAGGAAAUAUCCUCCAGCCUGGGAAGGCUUAGUGACUGUCAUAAAGAGAAACCUCGACUUAAAAAGCCACACAAGGCCCCAGAAGAGGUGCCUCUGUGCCGAACACCGAAACGUGGAGCAGGUUCAGGCAAGCAGGCUGAAAGCAUGAGGAGCUCAGCUGUGUCCAGUGGAAUUCCUUCAGGUACUCCCAAGGCCGUAGAGGGGCCAGAAACAGAUUCCAUUUCCACAUCCUCACCCGAGCCAUGUCAUAAGAAGAGUUGGAAGGCCAAAUUGCCAGUGCAGUCAGAAACAUCCAGUUCACCACCUUUUACUCAAAGUAGCGAAUGCUCUGUUGGCUCAGACAACGUCAUGUCUCCAGUACCCCUUCUUUCAAAAAACAAAAGCAAAAAAAGUUACUCUUCCUCGCCAAGUCACGUCACCAGGAAUGGUCAGGUGGUGGAGGCCUGGUAUGGCUCUGACGAAUACCUAGCACUACCCUCUCAUCUGAAGCAGACCGAAGUCUUAGCGUUGAAGUUGGAGAACCUAACAAAGCUUCUGCCUCAGAAACCCAGAGGGGAAACCAUCCAAAAUAUUGAUGACUGGGAACUGUCUGAAAUGAACUCGGAUUCUGAGAUCUAUCCAAUGUACCACGUCAAGAAGAAGCAUACGAGGCUAGGCAGAGUGUCUCCGAGCUCAUCCAGUGACAUAGCCUCUUCCCUGGGGGAGAGCAUGGAGUCGGGGCCCCUGAGUGACAUUCUUUCUGACGAGGAGUUGUGCAUGCCUCUCUCUGGUAUGAAAAAAUACAUCGAUGAGAAGUCAGAGAGAGCUGCAUCCUCUGAGAAAAAUGAGAGCCAUUCUGCCACAAAGUCUGCUUUAAUUCAGAAACUGAUGCAAGAUAUUCAACACCAAGACAACUAUGAAGCCAUAUGGGAAAAAAUAGAGGGGUUUGUAAACAAGCUGGAUGAAUUCAUUCAGUGGUUAAAUGAAGCCAUGGAAACCACUGAGAAUUGGACACCCCCUAAAGCAGAGACGGAUGGCCUUAAGCUGUACCUGGAGACACACUUGAGUUUUAAGUUGAAUGUAGACAGUCAUUGUGCUCUCAAGGAAGCUGUGGAGGAGGAAGGACACCAACUUCUCGAGCUUAUUGCAUCUCACAAAGCAGGGCUGAAGGACAUGCUGCGGAUGAUUGCAAGCCAGUGGAAGGAGUUGCAGAGGCAAAUCAAACGGCAACACAGCUGGAUUCUCAGGGCUCUGGAUACCAUCAAAGCUGAGAUUCUGGCUACUGAUGUGUCUGUGGAGGGCGAGGACGGGACUGGAAGCCCCAAGGCUGAGGUUCAACUAUGCUACCUGGAAGCACAAAGAGAUGCUGUUGAGCAGAUGUCCCUCAAGCUCUACAGUGAGCAGUACACCAGCAGCAGUAAGAGGAAAGAAGAGUUUGCCGAUAUGUCCAAAGUUCAUUCAGUGGGAGGCAAUGGGCUUCUGGACUUUGAUUCCGAAUAUCAGGAGCUCUGGGAUUGGCUGAUUGACAUGGAGUCCCUCGUGAUGGACAGCCACGACCUGAUGAUGUCAGAGGAGCAGCUGCAGCAUCUUUACAAGCGAUACAGUGUGGAAAUGUCCAUCAGGGACCUGAAAAAGACGGAGCUGCUUAGUAAGGUUGAAGCUCUGAAGAAAGGUGGCGUUUUACUACCAAAUGAUCUCCUUGAAAAAGUGGAUUCAAUUAAUGAAAAAUGGGAACUGCUUGGGAAAACCCUAGGACAGAAGAUCCAGGACACAAUGGCAGGACACAGUGGGUCUGGUCCACGUGACCUGCUCUCUCCCGAAAGCGGAAACCUGGUGAGGCAGCUGGAGGUCAGGAUCAAAGAACUGAAAGGGUGGCUGAGAGAUACAGAGCUUUUCAUCUUCAAUUCCUGCCUGAGACAAGAAAAGGAAGGAACAAUGAACGCUGAGAAACAACUGCAAUACUUUAAGUCCCUCUGUGGUGAAAUCAAGCAGCGACGUCGUGGAGUGGCCUCCGUCCUGCGAUUAUGCCAGCAUCUUCUAGAUGACCGGGAGACUUGCAAUCUGAACGCAGACCACCAGCCCAUGCAACUGAUCAUUGUAAAUCUCGAAAGAAGGUGGGAAGCCAUUGUCAUGCAAGCUGUCCAGUGGCAAACACGGCUACGAAAGAAGAUGGGAAAGGAGUCUGAGACUUUGAAUGUGAUUGAUCCUGGCUUGAUGGAUCUAAAUGGGACGAGUGAGGAUGCCCUGGAAUGGGAUGAAACUGACAUAAGUAACAAGUUAAUUAGUUUGAAUGAAGACUCAAAUGACCUUGAUCAAGAACCCCAACCUGUCAUGCCUUCCUUAAAGCUUGAAGAGAUAGGUAGCGAGGACCCCGGUUAUGAAGAAGAGGCAGGUGACCCUGCGGGAUCUCAGUAUGCCUCGAGUAUCACUGCCCCCUCCAGUCCACACAUUUACCAAGUCUACAGCCUCCACAAUGUUGAACUGUAUGAGGACAACCACAUGCCAUUUCUGAAAAACCAUCCAAAGUUCACCAGCGUGACACAGCCUAGUGUUUUAACGAAGAGUCUCAGUAAAGACUCUUCGUUUUCAUCCACCAAAUCUUUGCCGGACCUUGUAGGAGGUUCCAAUUUGGUAAAGCCUUGCCCGUGCCAUAGAGGUGACAUGAGCCAGAAUUCAGGCAGUGAGAGUGGAAUCAUGAGUGAAGGAGACACUGAAACCACUACCAACUCUGAAAUGUGCUUGCUCAAUGCGGUAGAUGGGUCCCCAAGUAACCCUGAAACUGAACAUCUGGACCCACAAAUGGGAGAUGCCGUUAACGCGUUAAAGCAAAAAUUUAAAGAUGAGGAGGAACACAUUAAGCUUCCAAAUAGCUCUCAGUCAUCCAUUUCACCAGUGGGUUGUGUAAAUGGAAAAGUUGGAGAUUUAAACAGUGUUACCAAAUAUACCCCUGAUUGUUUGGGAGAAGAAUUACAAGGAAAACAUGAUGUGUUUACAUUUUAUGAUUACUCUUACCUCCAAGGCUCAAAACUCAAAUUACCAAUGAUAAUGAAACAGUCACAAAGUGAAAAAGCACAUGUGGAGGAUCCCCUGUUUCAUGGUUUUUAUUUUGAUAAAAAGUCCUGCAAAUCUAAACAUCAGGCUACAGAGUUACAACCAGAUGCACCUCCCCAUGAAAGGCUUUUGGCAAGUGCAUCCCAUGAAAUGGAUCGAAAUUCAUAUAAAAGUAGUGAUGUAGAGAAGACAUUCACUGGCAUGCAGAAUGGCAGACAGCUCUCCCUGUUAUCCCACAGUUCAUCUAUCGAGUCCCUUUCUCCAGGGGGUGAUUUAUUUGGAUUGGGCAUCCUUAAAAAUGGUGGUGACAGCCUCCAGAGAAGCACUUCCUUAGAAAGUUGGUUGACAUCCUAUAAAAGCAAUGAGGAUCUUUUUAGCUGUCACAGCUCUGGGGACAUAAGCGUGAGCAGUGGCUCAGUUGGUGAACUGAGUAAAAGGACACUAGAUCUCCUGAAUCGUUUGGAGAAUAUCCAGAGCCCUUCGGAGCAAAAGAUAAAGCGGAGUGUUUCUGAUAUGACUCUCCAAAGUAGUUCCCAAAAGAUGUCCUUUACUGGCCAGCUAUCAUUGGACAUAGCAUCUUCUGUCAAUGAAGACUCGCCAGCGUCUCUUACAGAACUUAGCAGCAGUGAUGAGCUCUCUCUUUGCUCAGAGGAUAUUGUAUUACACAAGAACAAGAUCCCGGAAUCAAAUGCAUCAUUCAGGAAGCGCCUGACUCGGUCGGUGGCUGAUGAAAGCGACGUCAAUGUCAGCAUGAUUGUUAAUGUCUCUUGCACCUCUGCUUGCACUGAUGAUGAAGAUGACAGUGACCUCCUUUCUAGCUCUACCCUCACCUUGACAGAAGAAGAGCUAUGCAUCAAAGAUGAGGAUGACGACUCCAGUAUUGCAACAGAUGAUGAAAUUUAUGAAGAAUGCAACUUGAUGUCAGGGCUGGACUAUAUAAAGAAUGAACUGCAGACGUGGAUCAGACCAAAGUUUUCCUUGACAAAAGAUAAGAGAAGGUGCAAUCUCAGUGAUGAAAUAAAGGGCAGUAAGGAUGUAAGUAGUAGUGAGAUGACCAAUCCCUCUGAUACCCUGAACAUUGAGGCUCUACUAAACAGCUCCAUAAAAUGUCUCUCUGAAAGUAAUGGAAAUGGUAAGAGUUUAUCCCACACCCAUGAGUUAGGGAUGAAGGGUGAGAAUAAGAAAAAUAUUUUCAAAGUUAAUAAAGACCCAUAUGUGGCUGACAUGGAAAAUGGCAAUAUUGAAAGCUCUCCAGAAAGGCAGAAAGACAAACAGAAUGGGAUUUUGAAGGAACCAGAAAAUCUUGGUACAACGGGGAAGAAGAAUUCAGACAGUGAGCAUUGUAAGCGUAAAGUAUUUAUGGAUAGCUCAGAUGAUGCAAAUAUUGCUGGAAAUGAAUUUGUUCCCCAGACUGUUAGACAUCGUCCAAAGAAAUGUCAAAGCCACCACCAUUUUGAAAAUUCAACAACUGCUUCUACUGCCACUGAGAAGUCUUGCCCAGAGCUGCCUUCAGAAACCAGAGUUAUCAACAGACAGGGUUCUGAUGUACUGAAAUCUUCAUCUAAUGAUGCACCAAGUGUGACUGGAAAAUCCGCUCGUUGCUGCCUAGCCCUUGAACAAAAUGAAAUAGAGGAGAAUGUUUCUGUCAGUGACAACAUUUCCUGUUGUGACUGUGAGCCAGAUGUUUUCCAUCAAAAAGAUGCUGAGGAUUGUUCCGUACACGACUUUGUUAAGGAAAUCAUCGACAUGGCUUCAACGGCCCUAAAAAGUAAGUCUCAACCUGAAAAUGAGGCAGCUGCUCCUGCCUCGUUAAGUCAGAUCAAGGAGAAGGUGUUGGAACAUUCUCACCGGCCCAUCCAGCUGAGAAAAGGGGACUUUUAUUCCUACUUAUCUCUCUCCUCUCAUGACAGUGAUUGUGGCGAGGUCACCAGUUACGUGGAAGAAAAGAGCAACACUCCAUUGCCACUGGACAUUACCGACUCUGGCUUAGAAGACAAGGAGGACCCUGAAUGCUUCUUUGAGGCCUGUGUUGAGGACGACCCGGAGGGAGACGAGCCCUGUCUCUCUGGCCCUCCUCCAAAUGAACCUGCUGUUUCCGGCGAGGCUGCUGUGCCCCAACAAGCAGCAGCAGGCUCCCCUAAGUCCAGCGAUACUUCUCUCUUAGCUGAGGAGGCACACAUGGUGGCUCUUGCGAGUCCUCCCCAUCAGGAAGAAUCUGACGUCGGAAAGGAAGCAGAUGGUUUACCCCAAGCUGCGAUCUGUGGGGAAAGCUCAGAGCUAACCACUUCAAGGCUGGGCAGUGAAAACACAGGUGAAUCAGGAAUGCCAGAAGAACGUAACACUGCUUCAGCCAAAUCUGGAGUUCCAGAACUCUCCUGGAAGGCAAAGCAGCCAAAAGACAAGGCUGCAUUGCUUCCCAACCCCAAAACUUUAACCUGUGAAGAAAAUCUUCUAAAUCUUCAUGAAGAACAACAUAAAAAUAUGCAUAGGUAGAAUGCAACCCUCUCCACGCAUGAAAAUCAUCUCAUUGAAAGCCCCAGUGAUGAAUAUACUUUCUCAAUCAAGUCUAAAGAAGAAAA